AUGAAGGUUCUUGUGACGGGUGGCUCUGGUUUUAUUGCCUCCCACUGCGUGAAGACUCUACUUGCCAGUAAGCAUACGGUGGUCACAACAGUGCGGAGCGCAGAGAAGGGUGAAAAGAUUCUCGCAGAUUAUCCGGAAUCCUCCAAGAGCCUGCUUUCUUAUGUAAUUGUUCCUGACAUUGCCCAGGAAGGCGCAUUCGACCAAGUCGUCGUUUCAGAUCCCCCAUUCGAUGCUGUCCUCCACACUGCAAGCCCCUUCCAUUUCCGAUUCCAGGACCCCAAGGAGCUGCUUGAUCCUGCUAUCCAUGGAACGAAGGGCAUUUUGCGUGCAAUCAAGGAUAAAGCGCCUUCAGUGAAGCGAGUGGUCAUUACUUCAUCCUUUGCUGCUAUCGUUAGCACAGACGGACACCCCGAUGUGUAUAGCGAGAGCUUGUGGAACCCAGUCACAUAUGAGGAAGGAAUUGAGGAUCGUGCAAAAACCUACCGUGCUAGCAAGACGCUCGCUGAGCGAGCUGCGUGGUCCUUUAUGGACGAGAAGAAGCCCGGAUUUUCUCUUGCGACUAUCUGCCCUCCGUAUGUCUUUGGACCUCCGGUCCAUGCUCCAGAGUCCCAAGAAGCUCUCAAUACUUCAAACGCUUAUUUUGCAAUGUUGAUGCAUGGAGGAUGGAAGGAGCAGCUGCCUCCCACUGGUACCUGGCUCUGGGUGGAUGUGCGAGAUAUAGCUCUUGCUCAUGUCAGAGCUAUGGAAGUCCCCGAGGCAGGUGGAAAGCGCUUCUUUAUAACUGCUGGCCAUUUUGAUAUGAGAGAAGUCGCGGAAAUUGCGAAGAAGAAUUUCCCUGAAUAUGCCGACAAACUCCCGACUGAGUUGACUUCGGACAAACCCAACCCUCUUUAUGGCUUUGACAACAGCCGCUCCAAGGAAACUCUAAAGCUGGAAUACGGAUCAUUGGAGAAGUCUGUUGUUGAUACCAUCAAGUUUCUGCAGAGUCAUAACAUUUGA